CAAAAUACAAAAUGCAUUGGAGUGUAGUUAAGCCCAGUGUAAUUCAAAUGACAAAAUAUUCAGAAGUAAUUAAAAUAUGUAUUUCAAACAUAAAUACUAACCAUCUCUGCCUACUACCCAACACUCUGUCACACUUCCUUAUCAAAGAAACCACACCCCCUCUACAUACAGAGUACACAGUCAAGUAGGAAGCCACUUCCUGUCCUCUGGUGUAGAGUUCCAUGAAACAGAAAGUCAUCUUUGACACUGAACAGAAAGUCAUCUUUGACACUGCCAUUGCUUAAGCUACGGGAGAGAGCACCAAAAUGGCAGAGAAUCAGGAACUGUUCUGUUGCUCCAUCUGUCUGGAUCUACUGAAGGAUCCGGUGACUACUGCCUGUGGACACAGCUACUGUAUGGGCUGUAUAAAAAAAAACUGGGAUCAGGAUCGUCUGAAAGGUGUCUACAGCUGUCCACAGUGCAGACAGACCUUCAGUCCAAGGCCUGUUCUGAAGAGAAACAUCGUGCUGGCUGAAGUGGUGGAGAAACUGAAGAAGACAGGACUCCAGGCUGCUCCCCCUCCUGCUCUGUGCUAUGCUGGACCUGGAGAUGUGGCGUGUGAUGUCUGCACUGGGACCAGAAAGCAGAAAGCCCUCAUGUCCUGUCUGGUGUGUCUGGCCUCUUACUGUGAGAUUCACCUCCAAUCUCACUAUGAAUCUCCUGCUUUGAAGAAGCACAAGCUGGUCAAAGCCACCGCACAACUACAGGAGAAGAUCUGCUCUCAUCAUGACAAACUGCUGGAGGUUUACUGUCGUACCGAUCAGCAGUGUAUCUGUCUGCUGUGUGUGAUGGAUGAACAUAAAGGCCAUGAUUCAGUGUCAGCUGCAGCAGAGAGGACUGAGAAACAGAGGCAGCUGGGGAUGAGUCAGCAGAAGGUCCAGCAGAGAUUCCAGGAGAGAGAGAAGGAGCUGAAGGAGCUCCAAAAGGCUGUGGAGUCUCUCAAGAGCUAUGCACAGGCAGCAGUGGUGGACAGUGAUAAGAUCUUUACUGAGCUGAUCCGCUCCAUUGAGAGAAGGCGCUCUGAGGUGAAGGAGCUGAUCAGAGCCCAAGAGAAGGCUCAAGUGAGUCAAGCUGAAGGACUCCUGGUGCAACUGGAGCAGGAGAUAGCUGAGCUGAGGAAGAGAAGCACUGAGCUGGAGCAGCUCUCACACACAGAGGAUCACAUCCAUUUCCUCCAGAUUCCUGUCAGCUCACACUGGACCCAAACACAGCAAGCACACUCCUCUCUCUGUCUAAAAGGAACAGAAAGUGUAAUAGAGGUGGUUAUUGGUUCAGACACAAUAAUGUUAGGACUGAAGUAUCAGGCCCUCAGUCCUCCAGAGUAGGAGUGUACCUGGAUCACAAGGCAGGUACUCUGUCCUACUACAGUGUCUCUUAUACAAUGUCCCUCCUCCA